GUGAAUGUGAUGCCCUUUUGUGGAAAAAGUCCUACAAGAGCACACACACUCCCAUCAGUACAGAGGGACACAAAGAAGGAAACUGUAUAUAAGUGGUCCAUUAUCCUGACGGAAUGAGGAGAACAUUAUUUGAGGGUGUUAGGAAAGUCGUUUUGUUGCUCGUGUAGCAGAGCGUUCAUUUACUGGAUUCACUCGCUAUUGUUGUGAAGACAGACGUGAGGCGCGAACAGCAGCUGAGGGAGUUUGAGGAAAGAGCGUUUAAUUCCCCUGCCUUUCUUUUUUGUUGUCUUCAGCUAACUAUGCUUUUAUAUGCGUGUCUCCCCCUGAACGGUUGUUUCCUGACACAUGGAACUGGUCUGUGAUGUGAAAACUGAUUUUCUGGGAUACGCUGUGGAUUGCGUUUUUGGUGCGUUUUAAGGUCUGGAUCGUGUGAUUCAUAUACUCGUCAUAUUCUUCUUCCCGUCUUCCAAAAAAUGUUUCUCAACUCUCAAGACAGAUUAAUGGUUUGAAGAGCAGUGGGAGUCUGAACUUUAAAUCAGGAGCCGGUAUCCUUCUUGGAUGAUGCCCAUAGACAGACUCGCAGACAUGGAGGAGAAACUUCGUAUUUUGGAGGAUCUCAAUAUGAUAUACAUUCGUCAGAUUGCCCUGAGUUUAAAGGACAGUGACAUCCAGAAGAAGAUCGACUAUGAGAUCCGAAUGCGUGAGGGUGCGUGUAAGCUGCUGGCCGCGUGUUCUCAGAGGGACCAGGCGCUGGAGGCCUCCAAGAGUCUCCUCACCUGCAACGCCCGCAUCAUGGCCUACAUGUCAGAGCUGCAGCGCAUGAAGGAGGCACAGGUCAUGCAGCGGGUCGCACGCAGGUCUUCUGAUGCAGGUCCAAUGGAUGACCGAUCCCCAUGUAAGGCCAAAGUAGCCAUUUCAGAUCUACGGAUACCGCUAAUGUGGAAAGACACAGAGUAUUUUAAGAAUAAAGGAGAGCUGCAUCGGUGCGCUGUGUUCUGUCUGCUGCAGUUGGGUGGUGAGAUCUUUGACACAGACAUGGUGAUGGUGGACAGGACGCUGACAGAUAUCUGCUUUGACAACAAAAUUGUCUUUAAUGAAGCCAGUCCAGGGUUCGAGCUGCGGGUGGAGCUGUAUAGCUGUUGUUCAGAGGAGGACUACUCAGCAGGCAACACACCACGGAAACUGGCCAGCAAGCUGAGCACAUCUCUGGGAAGGUCAUCAGGAAAGAAAAUGAGGGGGACCUUGGAGCCCGGAGCCUGCAGCCCCACUAGCAAUGGAGGAGGAGCGGCAAUCCUGCUGCCUGUGCCCUCUGUACCGGGGCCCAAAUAUCAUCUUUUGGCUCACACGACCCUCAAUCUCUCUCACGUCCAGGACAGCUUCCGCACACAUGACCUCACAAUCUCUGGAAAUGAGGAGUGUUCGUACUGGCUGCCUCUGUAUGGCGGUGUGUGUUGUCGUCUGGCCGCUCAGCCUCACUGUAUGACACAGCAGAUGAUGAGUGGCUGUCUGAGGGUGAAGCUUGGAGGUGAGCCACAGGGAUGGACAAAUGUCUACGGUGUUUUAAAAGGAACAAAUCUCUUCUGUUAUCAUCAAAAAGAGGACAUGGAGGCUAAUGUGGAGCCGGUCUUAACUAUUGGGAUUAACAAAGAGACGAGAAUCCGGGCCGCAGAGAAGGAUCCUCACAGCAAGGCACAGAAUAUCUGUAUCUCCAACCAGUAUGGAGGAGAGGAAGUGACGCACACACUAGCGGCGGACAGCAGAGAGGACACACAGCUCUGGAUGGAGGCCUUCUGGCAGCAGUUCUAUGAUAUGAGCCAGUGGAGGCAGUGCUGUGACGACCUGAUGAAGAUCGAGCUGCCUUCGCCACGCAAACCUGCUAUAGUCACGCCGAAGCAGGGCGCCCUGUACCAUGAGAUGGUUAUUGACACGUCUGAUGACAUUGGGACAGUCACUGACAUCCUGGCUCGUCGUAUUGAAGAGUUUGAGCUGAGGGCCCAGCUCGGAUCUCCUCCUCACUGGAUGUCCUUGUUUGAUGAAGAUCCUCCGAGAUCCCCUCACAACCAUCAGCACCUUCCGCCCCACUCACCCAGUCCCUGUCACCGCACACCCGGCCUUCUCUCCUCCAACGCCAGUCUGACCUCAGACAGCGACAGUCCCGUCAGUGUCAGCCCCUGCUUCCGCCAGGCAUGGUCCCCAGACACCUCUUCCUCCUCGGGUCGCUUCCGCCCCCGUACCCUCUCCCUGGACGCCAAGCUCUCCACUCUGCGCGGUCGGGGCUACGGUGGCUUCCGGUGCAACUGCCAGCCGCCCACCGCCGGCUCUGGGUCUCCUCGCCCCACUCAGACUGCUCUGUUCUGCUCUAGUUCCACUUCCAGCAGCAGCUCCAGUGAGGGAAGCAACAGUCAAGAAUCAGACCUGGGCUUUUCCAGACCGUCCGGUGCACGCCGUAGCUUGAGGAAUCUGAGAGCUAAGCUAGACCCCAGGAACUGGCUCCAGAGUCAGGUGUAGCUGUUCAGACUUCCUCUGGUUACUGUCAGAGCCAUCACAUCUUCCUGUGUCCCCCUGGAAAACACUGGAAUACCUGAGCUCAUGUGUCCGUCAUUGCAUUUUCUUUACAUAAUAAUGGAGAGCAACAUCAAAAAUAAAUGUAAAUUUAUAAAUUCUGCCUUUUAAAAAAGCCUCCACAAUGGGAAUUCAGUACUAAUAGUUAUGUAAUACACUACUAAUAUAUAUAUAUAUAUAUAUAUAUAUAUAUAUAUAUAUAUUGAGCAGUACAGACUGUCUCUUCAUGAAAGGCUCAUUAUUGUGGAUCUUUUGAGAGUGUAGUUGUUUCAUGUGAGACAGAUUCCUGGUCCAGUGUUUUUAGACUGGAUUGAAGCAGAUAUAUGUGAGAUUUUAUAAAUGUUUUUGAGAAUGUUUUAAGUUUUUAAUGCUCACCAAGGCUGCAUUUAUUCGAUCCAAAAUAAAGUAAUAUUAUGAAAUAUUAUUAAGAUUUAAAAUAGCUGUUUCCAAUAUUAAAAUAUUUUUAAAUCUAAUUUAUUUCUGCGAUGGCAAAGCUGAAUCUUCAGCUUCUUUAUGUUAUCAUUAUAAUAUGCUGAUUUGGUGCUCAAAACCAUUUCUUAUUAUUAUCAGCAUUGAAAACAAUGCUGCUUAUUAUUUUUGUUGGAAACUGAUAAACUUUUUAGUAUUCUUUGAUAAAGAGCAGCAUAUUUUGUAACAUUAUAAAUGUCUUUGCUUUAAUCAGUUUAAUGCACGCUUUCUGAAUUAAAGUUCAUAAUAUCUAUAUAUAUACAUCACUGAUCCCAAACAUUUGAACACUAGUGUAUUCAGGAUUAAUGAUCUUGGAGACAUUGUAUUAAUAAACUUUUGCAUGUGAAAUUAGCUUAACGCUGAUGAAUUUCACUUUAUUAAUAAGUGCCACUGCACCCUAAGAAGAAAGUUGGAUAAUAUCAAUUUAAAUUCUGCAUCUUUUUAAAAUUAUUAAUCAUGUAAUUAAGGACAUUUACAAUAACCGACUUCCUGUCAAGGCUCACACGGUCACUUUAGUUGAUGUUGUGCUGUAUAGUUGUUUUGGAUAUACACUAACAACUUGUGUUUCGGAUCCAGUCUCGCACAAAAGCAUCAUUCUUUCGUUUGCAGAAAUGUAUGGUAACAGAUCUGCUCUCUUUGCAGUCAGCCACGGUUAAUUGAAACUUUGAUCAAAAGUGUCUAACAAUAGAAGGGCUACUGAGUUAAAGCCAGCAGGAUUUUGCUGGUCAUGGGAUCUUAGCAUGGCUAGCCUCAUACGGAGACACGCUCUAUGUGAAACUGAACAGCUUUUAUUAUGCUACUGAUGUGAAUCCAGUCUCAUCUCAACAGUGCAUUAUUCGAGUCAUAUUUUUCAAAAGUACUAUGCAUUUCUUUUUGUGAAACCUGAGGAAAGGUGCAUCUGGAAUUGUAUAAUAUCUGCUAUAAUAUCUGUUACAGUUCAUGACAUUCUCUGCGCAUGGCUUCAGUAUAUAUGCAAAUGGGAUAUAAUGCAACUGGUUUAUGUUUACUACCUGUGACUGGAAUGACCUCAGGAUUACUGUGCAUACCUUAUCUCACUCAGCAGAUGUGAACCCGUCAGUCAGAAAGUAAAACAUCAGGAUGCACAUUAACUAGGAUUCAGCACAAGCAAUGAAAUGUGGCUGGAAGGUGAACAUUUUAAUGCUCCUUCGUUUUGAGCCAUUGCAGUAAAAGCCUGUCUGAUUGAGAAGGGUUGCCAAGGCACUACUAUGCAAAGUGACAAGAGCUCAAUGUUAACUGUGCAUUCUAGAUUUCAUUAACGUCAGCGGUACAUGCAUUAUUUGAAGAGGUUUUUUUUUUCUUUGUUUGCUUGCAAGUCAGUUUUGUCAAGCACUUUGUGUGCUUCUAACUUUGUGAAUUUUUCAGUGUCAGGUGGCAUCUUCCAGCUCAGAUAAAGUGCACAUUUGCUUGAAGACAAAUAUAUAUAUGCAAUAUUUACUAUAAUGAAAGUCUAGAUUAUUGUUAUUGUUAUUUCAGUAAAACCUCAGGAGUGUAAUUACAGUCCAUCUUGCCAUAAAAAUUAUCAUUUAAAAAAUUAUCUGCAUAGUAUAUUGGGUAUCCAAACAUGUAUUGUAUUAUUUUAUUUUUUUAACAUGAAGAAAUGGAGAAAUGUUUUUUUUUUAAUUACAUAAAUAUUAGAAAGUAUGAAGUAUAGAAAUACCAGACUCUCAGAAUUAGUAGAGAAAGUUUUGUCCUGGUAGUACUACGAUGCUUCAAAAUGAACAGUUCUCACUCGAAAGGCCACUGACUUGUAUUUAAAAACUGUAAAUUCAUUUAAACACUAUUUGUUCUUGUAAAGUUUUGUAAUUUUCAUUUUUGUGCUUUUAUUAAAGUUGUAUUUCACCAUAUUAAUUUUUUUUUAUAAAUAAAAUUAUAUUGACAUUUUAUCAGACGAGUAAAGCUCUAAUGAUCCUGGUAGAAAACAUUGAGUGUUAAACUGGAGGUAAGUGUCAUUUCAGCAGGCUGCAUGUCUUUGGACAAACUAGAAGAUUUACGUACAAGAACAAUUUAUUGUAAAGAAUGACCAAAAUUAAAAUUAAACAGCAUUUUCGUGUGUA